CCACGUGGUCCCCCUAGUGUGGUUGGAAGUAAUCACAAAUUCACAAUCAUAUUUUUUGGUUAGUGAUUUAAUUACUGGAUUCCUAUUUAACGCCCUAACUUUUUAUAAUUGUCGCCCUAAAUUAAUCAAACAGACAAUAUUACCCCCGCCCAUCGCCCUAAUCCCUUGCCGGUGGAAGAAAAAUCCGGCUGAUGAAAUUCACUAGCGGCUGAAGAAUCGCGCCCUGCUGCUCUGCUGUUCGGUUGACGGAAACCUUCAUAGCUGCUCUACUGCUUGGUUGAAGAAAAACAAAUCGACUGCUCUGCUUUCAGGGCUGCUCGCUCCGCCCCAUCUCCGCCGCCAGGACUGUCGCUCCAUCGAUGAGAGAAACACAUCCUGCCCCACCGGCCGUCUCUGCUACUGAUGGAUUCUGAAUUGUCGGGUUCAACCGUCUGCCGAUCGAUGGUUUUCGUAGCAGGAAGAAGGAAUCCGCCGCGCCGAGGUUCUUCGCGGUCGAGGAAGGAGGAGGAAGAAGACGGAUCGUCGCGGUUGAGGAGGGAGAGUGAAGCCUGAUCGUCGACACUCCUUCAUCGACCUUCCGUCGACUGUCAGUAGGGCUUCACUUCUUCAACCCCUGCCAUUGCCUCGCCGGAAUUCUCUCCACCCGGAUCAAGUCCCUCAACGUUCGUAUCGAAACCAAAACAAAGGGUCAACGAGCCACCGCGAGAAAUCCUUAGGUCGAUGAUAGCAGCACUCGGCGACGACGAAGAUUACCAGCAGCACUCCCAGCCGCUUCGAGGAAUCCCUAGGUCAAUUUUGACGUUUUUUAUUCAUAGGAUUAGCACUCGCAGCAGCCGAAGACUUCCAGAAGCCCUCCCAGACGACGGCGACGGGUGUUAAUCCUGGGCGAAAAUUUGUUAGGAAAUUUUUUGGGGGCAAAAACGUCAGAUUAACUAGUUAGGGCGACAAAAUUUAAAAAAUCUAGAGCGUUAAUUAGUACGUCCCUUUAAUUAUAGUUAGCUAAACCAUUUUUAUUAGUGAUUUAAUUAUGGUUAGCAAAAUCAUGAAUUUUAUGAUUAGUAAUUAACCACUAACCAUGAAAGUUAAAAACCAAAAACCACAACUAUCUAUCAACAUAUUACAUGUUAGUGCUUAAAGUUAAUAUUAACUUAUAUGCAUAUAAACUUUUGGGGACUUUCUUUAGGACUUAGUAUUUUACUAAUUUAUUUGUCAUGUUGUGGAAUCAGUCAUGUAAUAUUUCUACUUAUAUGGAAUGUUGAAUUAUUAAGGGUAAUAACUAUUUAUUAAUUAAACAUAUUUUUUAUUAUUUUUUAUUAGCCAGACCUAUCAAAAUAUUAAGAAUUAGCUAAAUGUUAACUUCCAGUUAGUAAUUUUGUUAGGUUUGGAUGAUAUAAAAGAAUUUGAAAAAAUGUUUAAAUAAAAAAUAGACAUUACCCAAUUAUUAAAGCCACAACAACUAAAAUCGAUUCCCCGUUUCCCCAAAAAGAAAAGCGAAUCGCGAGCCGCGUUAGGGUUUUAACUUUCAUGGCGGCGGCAACGCCGGCGAGGACGCCGGACACGAUGGGCAAGCCACCGGACAACACUAGUGGCGUCCGGCGCCCUUCAGAAGUCUCCUCUUCCCCGAACACAAAGAAUGAAAAGGAGGAUACCCAACCAAAAAAGAAAGUUUGACCCCUAAACUUUAACCAACAAGAAGGAGUAGUUGAAGAUGUUACAACUGAUGAGAUGGAAGCGGAGGAAAGCCCACAGCCGGCGGAAAACAGAGAAGACAAGAGAGGCUCUCCGGUUUGGCAGGAAAGAACGCGUAGGCUCUUCAGGGAUGUAGUCCAACCGGACACCUGGUAUGUUGCUGAGUCCGACACGGAAGAUGUUGUGCAGGCUGAGAAGGAGGAGGAUGAACCUUUCGAUGAUAUGGAAAGUGACCCGUUGUGCCCAACAACUCCCUUUACAGCAGCUGAGAAGAUCAGAUGGAGGAGAGAGUGGCGGUCGGCGCUGGUUGUGAAGGGCCUUGGAAGAAAAGUACCGUACAUGGCGCUCUCCCGGCGUCUUAACUUCUUAUGGGCAAAGCAUGGUGAUCUACAGAUCUCGGAUAUUAAGAACGGUUGCUUCCUUGUUCGAUUCAGAAAGAAGGAGGACUAUGAAAUCGCCACCAGUGGAGGGCCGUGGCUAUUGGGAGAGAGUUACAUAACAGUGAUGCGAUGGUACAAGGGGUUUAACCCAUGGAAGUCGGAAGUGUCAUCAACGUUGAUAUGGGUACAACUCCCAGAGCUACCGAUCGAGUUUAUCAAUAAAGAGGCAGCUAUGAAGAUUGGGUCACUGAUCGGGAAUCCCUUACGAGUUGAUAGAGCCACGGAGGAGGGGGCUCGAGGAAACUUUGCACGAGUAUGUGUAGAGGUGGAUUUGAGGAAGCCACUGUUGUCCAAAUACAAAGUUGAGGGCAUCGAGUACCUAAUCCAGUAUGAAGAUCUUGAUCAUAUCUGUACGGACUGCGGCAAAUAUGAUCAACCUACUGAUCGAUACCGGUGUAAGGUUAUUGAUGAGGUUGUGCAUGAGUCGGUUGAGAUUGUCCCAGAAACCCAAGAUGCUGAACAAGGUCCAGGGAAGGGACCAACCUACGGCGAGUGGAUGAUGGUGAAACGGAAAGAGCGUUGCCCGAUCAGGAGAGACAAUAAUGCAGCAGAGAGAAAGGAAUAUAAGCAGAGGGGGAGUAACGUGCCCAAAGCACAAAAUCGGUUUGGGUAGGUAGGGGAUGAUUUGCACUCUGACAAACCAAGUGAGGCCAUGUCGCUAUCGAGAAAGACAUAGGCAAGGGCAAGGAAACUAUAGCUCAAUACCAAGAGGAGCCGAGGGCAACCAAGGGGGAUACCCUACCUAAGGGUCAAGCCAAACAAGUGCAUGCAAAAGAAACGGCUAGGAAUAAUAUGAACAGUGGUGAGGCGCAUAAAUGACGGAUAUGGCUCCAGGCCAGGGGACAAAGAAUAAUAAUGUGCUGAUGGAGAGAGAUAUUGGCCUUGCAACCAAGCAAAACCAUGAAAAAGUACCUCCGCCCAAGCAAACCUCAUCAAAGAUUGGGGGGGGGGGGGGGGGAGGGGGAAAAGGGGAAGGAAACUAACACCGGGAAAAGUCUAAAGAAGGCGAUGAUGGUCGCAACUCCGAUACACAACGUAAAGGCGCGGGGAGCCCAUCCCCUUCUGGUCAUAGAUGUGAAUACUUAGUUACAACUGCCGCGACCUGGAUAGUAAGCGAGCAGUAAAGUCACUAAAGUCGC